UGACCCUCAAAGGAGCUGCACGCGCUCCAGUGAGACACCGCAUGGGAAUCUCGAGGACUUUUCCCCACUUUUGACUUUCUUUGUGUUUUUGGACCACCCGCGGAAUCCAGUUCAGGUCCCACUUGCUCUCGAAUUCAGUGGCAAGCGGCUGGGAGGAUCAGGACCAGGACCGGGAGCGGGACAAGGAGCAAGGCCGGAAGGAUGUCCCGAGCGGAGGAGCGCGAGGAGACAGACUGCGUUUGCUCUUUCGGGAUGAAGUCCACUUGGGACAUCAAUGACCCCAAACUCCCUCAGGACACAAAGCAUUUUGACGGCUUCCAGGAGUGGACUGAUGGUUACGUGCGUUACAUCUACAGCGCCGAGGACAAGAAUGCUCAGCGCCACCUGUCUGGCUGGGCCAUGAGGAACACCAACAACCACAACUGUCAGAUCCUCAAGAAAUCGUGCUUGGGCGUGGUGGUGUGCUCGCGGGGCUGCACGCUCUCCGACGGUUCCCGACUGCAGCUGCGUCCCGCUAUCUGCGACAAGGCUCGGCAGAAACAACAAAAGAAAGUGUGUCCGAGCUGCACUGGUGCUCUGGAACUGUUGCCGUGUCGAGGUCAUAGCGGAUACCCGGUCACCAACUUCUGGAGGGUGGACGGGAAGGCCAUCUUCUUCCAGGCCAAAGGGGUCCACGACCAUCCAAGGCCAGAGUCCAAAUCUGAGACAGAGGCUCGGAGAAGUUCAGUGAAAAGACGAGUCAACUCGCCGCCUUUUGCACCAAAAAAGCGACUCAUUGAAUCUCAGGCUCUCGGCCCAGCCCUUCUCUCCUGUGUGGAAUCAGCAGAUAGGAUCUCCUUCAUCGAGCCAACAUUCCCCCAGCAUUACCCAGCAUUCCAAAGUACAGAACCUUACUACAAUCACCAUAACGCUCUAGGAGAGACAUCACCCGGUCUGCAGAAAACAGCUAGUCCUAGACUCUACAUGGGCAGGCCCAGCUACGAGUUCCCAGGGUACCUGACCUCACCUUCAUAUCCAGUUACCUCAGAGUUUUGCGAUCCCAGGGUGGCUCCAGUCCUUGGCUGUCCAACAUCCUCAGCAUCAGCUCCCCUUUCUUCUUCCUCUUCCUCCUUUGACCCCUCACCAAAACCGGGCUGGAAAGACCUACUGAAGACCUCUGCCCCUUACAGUGACAACCACCAUUAUUACAGUACUGACUACCCCUGCCGCUACACAGGAAACACCCCGGGUUCACCCGCUGCACUGCAGACCAUCAUCACCACUACAACUAAGGUCUCAUAUCAGCCGUGUCCAAAGGCUCCUUCCUACCAGUCGUGUCCCAAACCGCAGGCCGGCCUCCCGGCCUACCAGCCCUGUGCUCCAGCGAAACCGCCGGGCCUCCCCGGCUGCUCCUCUCUGCUGGACGAGGCCACCCCCUCCUACUCGGCCGAGGUGAAAGUGACGGAGGAGUCGGGGGGAGUCAUCAAGUCUCUGUCAUUUCAGCCGGAAGUCGUGCAGACCAAAACGGAGCGAGCCGACGCCUACGACUACCGCUACAGCUACGCCAACACGUACCGCUACGACGACUACUGACGUGGCAACCGAGGAAGCUCUGAGGACUUGUCACUGAGCAGGUUUCCCCUUUGGUGCCCCCACAGGACAAAAUGUGACGCUUUGUGACGUUGUCAGUCAACACUGGGACUUUUAGGGAGGCCAAAAAGAAAGAAAAUGUUAACCAAAUGAUGCUAAUUGUGCUGGUCGGGAAGCUAAGUUAGCCUGUUGAUGGUUUCUCUCCAGCUAGCGUGUUAGCAUCGGAGUUUGACUCUUUUUGAACAUUUCAUUAUGGCCGCUACGCACGAUCCGGCCAAUCACGAACGACGUCUUCUUUUGAUUUGUUACAUUUUCUUUGUGCUAUUUAUUGACUGAAGACGAGAAGACUCAUCUUCUUACUCAUGAACUCUGUUGUGUUCGCCCUCGUUAAAACCAGUAAUAAAGUGGUUUGGACAUGAA